AUGCUCCUUAAUACCACCUUUCCUCUGUCGGUAAAUUUUGACCGUCCGGAGGAUUUCCUCAUUUUCAUUUUCCACAUUCUGUUCGCCACCAGCGCCGUGCUGGUGGCCGGCUCGGUUGUCAUCGGGAUCUCAUCCAACCGGUCCCUGCGAGGCCAGAACCGGUUCAUCUUCAUGCUGAACACCAGCAUCAGUGACACUCUGACCGGCUUCUCGGUCUACUACCUCGGCCUCUUCGAUGUCCAAGAGGGUUACCCCUCCAGGAACGGGACCUUUUACAUUUUACCCUCAUUCCUCGGUGUUAAUGUCCUUACCUUCCUGUUUGCUCAGUUCGACCGCUACCUUGCUGUGUGCCACCCUUUCUUUUACAACCGCUACAUAACAAGACCUGCUGUGAUUUCAGUGUGCGGGUUCUGCUGGAUCUACACCUACUUGACUCUGACGAUGCAGAACUUAGUGCCUAUCUCAAAAGCGGCUCAAAUAAAUGCCUUCGGUGUGAUGACCCUGCAGGUUAUAGUUCUCAUUAAGGUGGUCAUGACGGUUAAACUAUACAUCAUAGCCAGGGGUCAACUGGUGAGAGAGGCGCCCAGCGCAGACUGGGCCAGCAAAACGGAGUCUCUGCGCAUCAUUGUGAUUGUGGUCAUAUGUUUCUUGGCUCUGUGGGGCCCUUCCUUUAUUAACAUCAUUGUCAGGCAGCUGACUGGGAAGGGGCUCAGGUUCAGAAAUGAAGCCACCAACCUGUUUGCCACCAUGGCGCGGAUGAACGCGCUGUUCACUCCGGCUUUGUACAUCUGGGGCAGCCCGGCGCUGCGGGGGGCCGUUUGGAGAGCAGUGUGGCGGAGGGUCUGCCCCUGGAGGAGAGGAAGGUUUUGA